UUGCAGCGAAAGAGCUUGAACAGCUUCAAAAGCAGAUGGAAACUUUCAAAUCAAGCUUGCAAGACUUUGCACAAAAACACCAGAAAGAUAUACGGAAAGAUCCCACAUUUCGUUCUCACUUCCAACGCAUGUGUGCUAAUAUUGGUGUUGAUCCUCUAGCCUCGAAUAAGGGAUUCUGGGCGGACCUUUUGGGCGUAGGUGAUUUUUAUUACGAAUUGGGUGUACAAGUUAUUGAAGCAUGUAUUACCAGUAGAGACAAUGAUGGAGGGCUAACAGAAUUAGAAGAAGUAUUAAGGCGUGUUAAAUUGAUGAGAGGCAUUACUAGCCGCAGUAAUGCAAAGAGAGGAACCAGCAGCAGCAACCUUCUACUGCAUAGAAGUGGAAGUGGCUUUCUCUUGAAAAAAGAGAACGACCUGCCACAAAUUAUAGAAGAUGAUAUCAUACGAGCCAUAAAAAUACUGAAGCCAUUAAGUGGUGGCUAUGAAGUAUUGCAAAUUGGAAAUAGAAAGCUAGUUAGAUCGGUACCGAAAGAGUUAGAUAAAGAUCAAUCCAGCCUACUGUUAUUAGCACAGGUAAGUUUCUCAUUUGACGUCAGAUUCUGUUUAAAUGAUAAAGGAACGCCAUGAGGCUUAUAACAAGAACUUGGUGACGAAUUUGAUAGAAAACUGGCUAUGUAGAUCGUGAUAUGAUUAGAAAGGAACUGGGAUGGUCAGAUGUUCGAAUCAAAACAGCGACUGUAAGUUAGUAGUACUGUGAAAUGAGUUUUUACAUUAAAGAAGCACUUUAACUAAAUUAUAUCAAUCCUUAAAGCAACACUUACUGCAAGACGGCAU